AGACUACCGCAGAUCUACUGCAACCAUACGGCUCUAACGCGAGCUUUUCAUAACAGAAAUGAGAUAACAGACCAGGAAAUGGCUGACCUGUUUGUACAGCAAAAAAUAGACGCAAUCAUAUAUAUUAUUAUUGUCCUAAUCUUCUACGCCGUGAUAAUAACCAUCGUUUUGGUGACAAACUGUCACCGAUUUCGCGAAGAGAGGUUUGAGUUCCGGAUACCCAGACGUAAGGACCUACUGGUGAACAGCGACAGUAGUCUUCGGAUAUUGGAUCCCAACAAAGAAGUCACCACUUAUUCGGCCAUCAGUGACGAGACUAACGUCUAGAUUGAGUUUCAUAUGAUAUAUGAUUACGAUUUCUAUCAUCUAUUGGUUGUCAAUGAAAAAUAAAACCUU